CCCCCGCUGUUUGGAUCAGGGAAUUUUGAGCGCUCACACUCCCUCCCGUAGGGAAUGUUCUGAGCAGAUCGGCGGCCGCAGACUCUCACGGAGGCCGUCCCUUUGGAGCCACGGGGUCACCCAGCAUGGCCACAGGCAGGAGAGAGGAGACCGACCCACUUACUCCCACCAGCUUUUGAAGGGGACACUGAACCAAAGGGGGGCCGCGAACUAAAAAAGACACCUGUGUUUCUUGAUAAAAGACAACAAGACCUGCCACUCUUUCAGCUCCAAAGUCCAGCGGUGCAGAGAACCAGGACCACCAGAGACAUGGAAAAGUUGCUAGAGAUGUGGUGUGUUGUCCUGUUUUCUCUUCUGGCAUGGGUUUCUGCUGAGCCUACCAUGUACGGGAAGAUCGUGUCUCCUAACUAUCCUCAGGCGUACCCCAAUGAAAUAGAGAAGACCUGGGACAUAGAAGUUCCUGAAGGUUUUGGGGUUCACCUCUAUUUCACCCAUCUAGACAUAGAACUGUCAGAGGACUGUGCAUAUGACUCAGUACAGAUAAUGUCAGGAGGCAUUGAAGAAGGGAAACUCUGUGGACAAAGGACUAGCAAAAGUCCCCAGUCCCCCAUUGUGCAAGAGUUCAAAGUCCCAUACAAUAAACUCCAGGUGACCUUUAAGUCAGACUUCUCCAACGAAGAGCGUUUUACUGGGUUUGCUGCGUAUUAUACCGCUGUAGACGUAAAUGAGUGCACAGAUUUUGCAGAUGUCCCUUGCAGCCACUUUUGCAACAACUUCAUUGGUGGUUACUUUUGUUCCUGUCCCCCGGAAUACUUCCUCCAUGAUGAUAUGAGGAAUUGUGGAGUUAACUGCAGCGGGGAUGUAUUCACCGCACUGUUCGGGGUGAUUGCAAGUCCCAACUAUCCCAACCCAUACCCAGAGAACUCAAGGUGUGAAUACCAGAUUCGCUUGGAGGAAGGGUUCGAAGUGGUAGUGACUAUGCGGAGAGAAGAUUUUGAUGUGGAGCCAGCUGACUCAGAGGGGAACUGCCAAGACAGUUUAGUUUUUGUUACAGACAAUCAACAAUUUGGUCCUUACUGUGGUAAUGAAUUUCCUGGACCACUAACUAUUGAAACCAAGAGCAAUACUCUUGAUGUCAUCUUUCAAACUGACCUAACAGAGCAAAGAAAAGGCUGGAAGCUUCGUUACCAUGGAGAUCCAAUCCCUUGUCCCAAGGAAAUCACUGCCAAUUCUGUUUGGGAGCCUGAAAAGGCAAAAUAUGUGUUUAAAGAUGUGGUAAAGAUAACCUGUCUGGAUGGCUUUGAAGUUUUGGAGGGAAACGUUGGCUCAACAUUUUUCUAUUCUACUUGUCAACACAAUGGAAAGUGGAGUAAUUCUAAACUGGAAUGUCAACCUGUGGAUUGUGGCAUUCCAGAACCCAUUCAGAAUGGUAAAGUCAAUGAUCCAGAAGAUACUUUAUUUGGUUCUGUCAUCCAUUACACUUGUGAAGAGCCAUAUUACUACAUGGAACAUGAAGGAGGUGGGGAGUAUCGCUGCUCUGGUAAUGGGAGCUGGGUGAAUGAUGUACUAGGAACUGAGCUUCCUAAAUGUGCUCCAGUCUGCGGAGUCCCCAGUGAGCCCUUUGUAGGCAAGCAGCGGAUUUUCGGAGGCCAGGCUGCAGAGAUUCAGAACUUCCCCUGGCAAGUCUUCUUUCAGAGCUCGCGGGCCGGCGGGGCGCUGAUCGACGAGCGCUGGGUGCUGACGGCGGCGCACGUGGUGGAGGGCACCCCGGACCCCACGAUGUACGCGGGCUCGCGGUGCAUACGGGCCAGGUGCCUGGAGAGCGCGCAGAGGCUCACCGCGCACCGCGUGCUCAUCCACCCGGGCUGGAGGCCCGUGGACAACCCGAGCGCACGGAGAAACUUUGACAACGACAUCGCGCUGGUGCAGCUGAAAGACGCCGUGAAAAUGGGACCGACCGCCUCUCCCAUCUGCCUGCCGGGCAGCGCGGCGGAGUACGGCCCCACGGAGGGCGACCUGGGGCUCAUCUCGGGCUGGGGGCGGACCGAGGAGAAGGACAUCGUGGUCCGGCUCAGGGGGGCCAAGGUACCGGUGGCUACUUUGGAGAAGUGCACAGAGGCCCAAGGGGAGGACCCCAGGGCCGAGGCCGGCGCCUAUGUGCUCACUGAUAACAUGAUCUGUGCUGGGGGCGAGGGCGCAGACAGCUGCCAAGGGGACAGUGGGGGGGCUUUCGCCGUGCAGGACCCCAAUGAGGGCAGCCCCAAGUUCUACGUCGCUGGCCUGGUGUCCUGGGGCAAAAAGUGUGGUUCCUAUGGGGUCUACACGAACGUGAAGAACUACCUUGACUGGAUAAGGAAAACCAUGCGGGAGGCCAGUGACCCCGGUCAUGACUAGGCCGUGCAGAUGCCACCACCUUCUCCAAGGCAAGGCUCAAGCCGUUGUUUUCGGGUCCUCACACCGUUGUCAUUGUUACUGCGCAGUGACAGAGAGAAGAUGCCUGGGUGUGGCUGAUGUAGAACUCGCUGGAGGCAGAGUUUCGUGAUGGAGUCGGGCUGAUUUCUCUGGCUGUGAAUACCUCUUAUUAGUAGCAACACAGGAGUGGCCCUUGUCUCUUUUACUAGCCUACAGGGGUCUCUCAGCGUUUCGUCUCUUUUUACAUGUUUGAAAUUCCAUCAGCCUUAUCAUUCUCAGUGUCCAUUAUCCACUUAUAAUAAAGGAUGUGCACAGCCCA